AUGUCCAUCGGGCACUUUUCAGAAUGGCGCAAGCUUCCAGUAAGCCUUACCGAACUUUGCAUUAAUACGACUCUUCGCUGCGGCCAAACAUUUAGAUGGAGAAAAUCAGCAGAAGACGAAUGGAGCUGCGUGUUACAUGGCCGGAUUGUCUCCUUGCGUCAAGAUGCGGAUCAUCUACACUAUAGAUCCCUGUUCCCCAGAGCCAGAGGAAAUCUUGCAACGGGCCAAAAGACCAAUGAUGACACGGAAGCAUUGAUUCGUCAUUAUUUUAACUUGGAGCCGAAUCUCUCUGGCUUGUAUGAGCAGUGGGCAGAAGCUGAUAAGAACUUCAAAAAGAAGGCUUUGCAAUUUACUGGGAUUCGAAUCCUACGACAGGAUGCAUGGGAGGCUCUAGUGUCAUUUAUCUGCAGCAGCAACAACAACAUAGCUCGCAUCUCGCAAAUGGUGGAAAAGUUAUGCACCAAUUAUGGUCCAUUAAUUGGCCACAUUGAUAAACAACCGUAUCACGGCUUCCCACCUCCUUCAGCGUUGAUUGGCCAGGGAGUUGAGGCUCGUCUCAGAGAACUUGGAUUCGGAUACCGCGCAAAAUGCAUCUACAAAACUGCUGUUAUGGUCGCGAACGAACGCGAGAAAGGAUGGCUGAACUCGCUGAGAAAUCCUGAACGUCCUGCAUUUGGAGAAAAGCCGAAUUUAGCGUGUAAGAUGGAGGCACAAGGAAAAACUGGAUAUCGAGAAGCGCACGAAAACUUACUGGAGCUUCAAGGGGUCGGUCCGAAGGUGGCUGACUGCGUAUGCCUGAUGGGCUUGGGUUGGGGUGAAGCUGUACCUGUUGAUACUCACGUCUGGCAAAUCGCCCAACGUGACUACAAAUUUGGCAAGGGUAAACAAAAGAGCCUUACCAAAGCAACAUACGAUGCCGUUGGUGAUCACUUUCGAAAACUCUGGGGCAAAGAAGCCGGCUGGGCUCAUAGCGUUCUAUUUACCGCCGAUCUAAAGGUCUUCUCUGAUCGCUUAACAGAAACGGCUCAAACUGACAAAGCGAUGAGAAGUUUGUCCAAUGGAAACAUCAAGGAAGAAAUAAAGCUGAAAACAGAGACCCGAGUCUCCGUGAAGAGAGAGUUAGCUGAUGAUUCGACAUCUCAACCCAUUUCCACGGCAGAAAUAGUAGCCAAGGAGCGCGCCACAAAACGACGCAAAACUCGCCGCGGCUGAUGCUAGCAAUUAAUAUAAAUCGUUUUCUUUCGAACCAAAUGGUUUUACUGAUGGAUCACGCCGCGGCAUGUAUCAGUCAUACAGAGAGAAUUCCAGUGCUGCAUCUCAGCCCAAGAAACGCUGGUUUGGAUGCACGAGAGAUACGAUGGAUUCAAAUCCGAGCUACCAUUCUUUACACAGGAGCCGCUUUGAACAUCUUCUUUGGGAAAGUCUUUGCUGAACGAUCGAGGGACGACUCAUGGCCUGAUUGUUGAUUACGCGAAGUCCGUGGACACAGAGCCCUUCCAACUUGAAGUUUCCCCGAACUUCGAUUUAUUUGUUUUAAGUCUCUAUCAAAUGCAAUCGAACAUUGUCUGGCGUGAGUCUAGCUCGGCGAGUUCCUUGGAGAGACCGUGUUGGAAAUAAAAGCUCUCCGUGGCAUAUUUUGGCACACUACCUUGUAAGGAGCUUUUGAAGCUUGAUUACAAGAUCUUAGCUUGUUAUCAAAUUCUCUUUAUGGCUACUGUUCCCUAUUUUAACAAAACCUUGCCGA